AUGGCGUACUCUCUUCGCUGGUGGAGGCAGUCCUCGGAACAGCAGCCGUCUAUGGCUGACGGAGGUCCCGCCAAAUUUGAACCCAAGAUCUGGCACCUGAAGGCACAUGGUUUCCAGCAGGGCCCUAAACUGUCCAAGGACGAAGAGUACAGCCUGGCGAGCUUCAAGCGCGAAGCAAUGGCCCUGUACAAAAACUCGCGAUUGCCGCAGCCGAACCUGUCUCACUCUGAUCGUGAGCAGCUCAUGAAGGUUGGCAAGGACGAGUCGGUCAUCAUAAAAAAAUCUGAUAAAAGCAACAAAUUUGUAGCAAUGAAAAUGACCACUUACCUGGAGAAGGCAGAAUCCCUGUUGUCGGACGAGUCCCGGUUUGAGAAGGUUGAGCUUACUAUCGACCAGUGGGAGGAGGAGACCCGAAAGAUACUCCGCCGAGUUUGCGAGGGAUCCUUAGAAAAGGAUUUAUACACAGCCGUGAUGCUGGGCGACAACAGCUUCCCUGAAAUGUACGGUCUUCCAAAAGACCACAAGUCCAAUAUUCCUCUCAGACCAGUCGUUGCGGCCUGCGGCAGCCCAGUUACAAACAUCUCCAUAGUCCUCGAACGCAUCCUCAAUCAAUGUCUCCAGUUCGUGCCAGCACACCUGGAGAACACUGUUGAAGCACUCCAGUGUAUGAGGAGCGCGUUUCCCAACCUCAAGGCCCCGCCCGCCACCAUCAUUGUGACUAUGGAUGUGGUGGCCCUUUACCCUAGCAUCCCGAUUAACGAUGGCAUUGCAGCAGUCAUGAGAGUCCUCCGACAACACGAGGGCAGCAUCGAUCUGUUCGGUUUCCGAAUUGGGCAGGUCAAGGAGCUCCUCGCACAUGUGCUGAGCUCUAACUACUUCCGGUUUGGAGCGCAGGUGUACCACCAGAAGGAUGGUGUGGCUAUGGGCAAUAACCUAGCGCCCCCCCCUUUGCCAUCCUGUACAUGCAUGACCUAG